AUUUUUUUUAUUACAUUGGUGGUGACGAAAUGAGGUGUUGUGGGUUUUGGCCUCAAAGUAUUUUAAUGUUUCAUCCAAUAAUGUUUCUGAUUUUAUACAAAUUGUCUUUCCUUUUUUAUGAAUUUUCUUUUGGUUUUACAGUUUGUACGUGCUCAACAAUUUGCUUUCGAAACCUUACCCCGUCUUCCUGUAAAAAUUCUUCAUACCCCUACCAAAGUGUAUUUGAGUUUCUUUAAAUUUAUUUGUGGAGAGAUGAUUCCUCCUAUUCAUUUGUUUUUACGAUUAUUAGGUGUUUCCUUUGGGGAUUCUUCGUGUUAGUUCUUCCGUGUUCUACAACACCGUGCCUCAUUUGUGGACGCGAAAUCUUGAGAUUUAUGUCAUUGUAGCCUUGAAAGGCACAUUGGUGUGGUAAGUGUAAACCCCGUAUAACAUCCCGAAAGCAUUCUUCGAUAUUUAAUCUAAAAUUGUAUUUUUCAGGCCUUGAUUUUGCUCGUCAGUCUAUGAUUUGUCGAUUUUAGCCUUUGCUUUUGCUAUUGUUCGGAUAUUCUGAAUUUUUUUUAAUGGAACUCCUCUGUUUUUGUUUCUCUCUGUUUUGGUGAUAUGGUCUUAUUCUUCAAACUGUGGCCUGAUUUUUUCCUUAUUUUAAGAUCAUGCAUUGUUGAAGCAGGUGAAAGCAAUGAGGCAACUACAACUUAGAAAAUUGAGGAUUGUGGCAAACAAGCAUAUGUGCAGCAAAUCUCUGUAGCUGAAUUUCUUGUUUGUGUUUCCUUUGCACAAUUUUUCUUUUUAUCUUUAAUCAAAUGAGGUCUGGUAUCGAUUGUUUAAUUUAUGCUAUCGAUUCUCGACUGGAAUUUCAACUAAUAAAUGUAAACACUUCCAUUGCAGAUCUGCUCGUGGGGUCUUGUCUGGUAAAACAUAUUGAGGACUUGCACUUGCGCAACAACUGUAUUAGGCGUGGUAAGAGUAGAGAGUUGAAGCUAUGGAGGGAGCGCGUCUGCUUGGAUUGCAUUUGUGGGGCCGACCAGGCACCUGACUGCCGCCAUUUUUUUUGCCCCGUCUGGAUGCGUGAUCCUCUCGUGGAAGAUAUCUCUAGACUGCACAACAACGGUGUAGGCAGAUCAAAUAGGGUAAAACCAUUUAGGUUCCGAUUCUGGAUCCAGGCGCAUGGUUGAAGUGAUGAAAUAAUUUUCUUCUUUGCCUCAAUACAUUCCGGUAUUCCAUUUUCCUUACGAUAUGAGUCUGUGUUGCAUUUAUUCCUUAUGAUAUUUCUCCAGUACUGUUUUUCAAUUAUAUAUAUUAAACGAUAUUCAGUUUUCAGUUCUUUUAUGUGGGAUAGAGCUAUGACGGAUUUCUGCAUGUGUGUGUGUGUGUGUGAGAG